AUGAUUUUUGAGCAUCUAGCCUGCAUCCAGAAAAUAGGAAGUCUUCCCAGAAGAGUGGAAGCUGUUAUAGCUGCUCCUUCCCUGCACAAUGACUUGAUGAUCAAUGAGGGUGCUGGGAGUUGGACUCCUGCUGAUCUUGUGGUGCCUACGAGCGGUCUUACUCCUUUGCACAUGGCAGCUUUUGGUGGAAAUGUCCAAGUGCUAGAAAUGCUUCUGUCUUCACAAUCAACUAGUAUAAUCAAUGUAAGAAGCAUUAAGGAUUCUACCCUCCUUCAUGAAGCUGUUCGUGGUGGAAGUAUUGAAAAUGUUAGACUUCUGAUAGAAAAAGGAGCUGACACCAAUCUGAAAGACCAGCUUUGCCAAAUUUCACAAUAUGAUGAAAGCAAAAAAGACAUACUUAACGCAGGAACAGCAGAUCAAUCUCUGGCACUUACAUCACAGGUUUUGCUUACGCGAGGAAGGAAAUACACCUUUACACUUGGCUUCCUACCUGAGGUCAUCUUUUUGUGUUCAGCCAUAUGUCAAGCUCUUCUGAAAGGAGGGUCAGAUCCAAGCAUCAAAAAUUUGGCAGAAGAGAACUUUAUUUUUGCUGUUUUGAGAGGAGCAGCUGGGAAGGGAUACAAAAAUUCAGAGCUUCUCAUUUCACUUGGCCUCAAGUACAACCCUGACCUGCUAAGCCGAAAUGCUCUUGGCCUCACUGUCUACGAUGAAGCGAGAAGGAUAUCAGCUCCAAAUAAUAUUAUCAGAUUGAUCAAGGAAAAGACCCAGACAGGGCCUCUGGCCAUACUGCAAUAUUACCUUAUUCCUAGCAAUCCGUCUUCCACCAAAGGAGUGGCAUGUUCCAAGGCUGUUUUGGAAGGAACAUCUUUGGUGAUCUGGGAUUUUGCAGGACAAGUGGAGUACUGUUUUACACACUCUUUACUCCUCAGCACUAGUGGACGCAAUACAUUAUAUUGUGUGAUGUUUAGUUUAGAAGGGAUUGAGAGUGACAUGUAUGGAGGACAGAGGCAGGCGCUGGAACAGUUGAUGUUUUGGCUCCGAUUUCUCAGUAUAACUUGCAGUUCUCAGUCCAAGCCACAUGUUAUAUUGAUUGGAAGUCACUUAGACACUCUGCCACAUGAGAGCAGGACCUUAAUAGCUGAACAGUUUUAUAAAAAUGUGAAGAUGAGAGAGUCUGAGUUACUUAACUGCUUCCUGAUGCAGUUUUUCUCAAUAAACUGUAGAGAUGUAAAUGAUGUGAAUGCCAUCAGAGAACCUCUGUCAAAGACAGUUUCACAGGUCUUGCAGGACACAACAGAAGAUGCUGUUCCGGAGAUAUGUCAGCAGAUAAUGGAGCAGAUCUCACAUCUUCGCUCCCAGAAGGUACGCUUUCACCACUGGGAAGAAUUUGUCAAGAUGGUUAAACAGAAGUUGCCAUUUCCAGUCUGCUCAGAGACUCUUCAGACAGCUGUAGAAUAUCUGCAUAACAUAUCUGAGUGACAGAACUUUAAUGGAACUCUUUGAAGGCUCUUGCCAUUACAUCCAAUAAGCUGACCUGGCACUUAAUUAUCAAAACCCUGGUAGACCUGGAACAGUUAAAUAUUUUGUAAACUUGAUGGAACCAAGUAAGUUUUGUGAAUUUUGUGGUGUCUUCUUAUUUGACAGACAGGCCUCCCCUGCCACAAAUAGCCAGUAGUGCCUGCUACCUCUGCACCCCCUCUAGCUAUGACCCUGAAAUUAUGGGUACAGUACAACUGCACCAAUUGACUCCUAUAGAUC